GUCCCGUACAGCGUCGGAGAUCCCCUCGAUGGAACGUAUGGCAGGGGGGGUUUGUUCCCGAGAUUGUUAUAAGAGUGACCUGAAGUCGUCCUUCGUAACUUGCAGGUCAGCUUUUUUGUUAGUUUUUGUUCCAACCGCUCGGUUUGCCAGCCGCAUCUUGAGAUACCGAUACUCCGUACGUACCUUUGAUGUACCCUCGAUCAACAAGAGACGACUCGGCUGCAGCUUGAGAUUAUAUCAUUACUCGUAUCCUCGGGAUCUCACGACUCGUCAUAUCCAUCAAAUCUCAAAUACUCAACUAGCUAAAUCCGACUUGUAAGGUCCAUCUCCCUGGGAUCUCUUUUUAACAAGAUGGCACCUACGGCCGUCGACUCAACGGCCCUGCCGCCGUCGACUUCGACCCCGGUGAAACCCCAUCCGCACCAACCUCCUGGGGAAGAAGUCGAUCGGUCCAUCUUCCCGGACGGCUUCAAGACGUCGGGUCAACACCCACCCCUCUACGACAAGCUCUACCCAUACUCUUCGUUCCCAAAACACAUCGGCGGCGGCCCCACCGUCUGGUCGGCAGAAGAGUACGCCUCUCACCCGGAACGAUGGACGCACGUCUUUUCUGAAGCCGAGAUCGCCGAGCUCUCCGCUGCGGCCGACGCGUUUGUGGCGCAGGAGCUGCCUCUGACGGGCAUCAAUCCUUCCAACUUCCCCCUCCCCACCAUGGCGGCCAGCCUGGCGGCGAUGCGCAAUGAGAUCCUCAACGGCAAGGGGUUCAUCCUGUACAAGGGUUUCCCGGUCCACGAAUGGGGCAACCACAAGUCCGCCGUCGCCUACGUCGGCUUGGGCACGUACAUCGGGUACCCGGUCUCGCAGAACGGCAGGGGCCACAUCCUCGGUCACGUCAAGGACCUGGGCGAGGACAGCACGCAGAUCGACAAGGUCCGCAUCUACCGCACCAACGCGAGGCAGUUCUUCCACGCCGAUGACUCGGACGUCGUGGGCCUCCUGUGCGUCGCCCGUGCCCAGUACGGCGGCGAGAGCGACGUCGCGUGCGUCCACCAGGUCUGGAACAUUUUGCAGGCAGAGUACCCCGAUGUCGCGGAACUGCUGACGAAACCCGUGUGGUACUUCGACCGCAAGGGCGAGGUCAGCAAAGGCGAAGAGCCUUAUAUCCGAGCGGCCGUCAUGUAUCUCGAACCAUCGUCAUCGGACGAACCGACCAACCCGGAGCGUCAACAGCACAGAGUCUAUUGUAAAUGGGACCCGUACUACGUCCGCAGUCUGUCCAGGUUCAGCGACAAAGGCAUCAUCCCACCUCUGAGCGCCGAACAGGUCCACGCCCUCGAAACCCUCGAGGCCGUGUGCAACCGCGUCAAGUUGCACAUGAUCCUCGACGUGGGUGACAUUCAGUUCCUGAGCAACAGCCACGUCUUGCACGCCCGUACCGAGUACAGGGACCACCCGCCCGAGAGCGGCAUGCCGCGGAGACACCUCAUGAGGCUCUGGCUGAGCACUCCGGCUAGUGAAGGUGGUUGGACGUUGCCGUUCCCUGACAAUAACGAAAGGAAGAGGGGUGGCAUUCAGGUUGAUGACACGCCACCAGUGGCUAGGUUGGAUGCCGAUUAAGACCUAGGUAGAUGGGAAAUCUUUUGGCUUGCCAAAAUAGUAUCAAUCGUUCAAUCCUUCUUGAGUCGAGAUGAUAUAACAACCGAGUUGUUUGAUAUCGAUGUUGAUUUUGCUUGAGAUCGAAUGUGAGGUUCUCUCGUCAUUGAUCCCUGAAGCGUCACGAUAUCGGUUGCCCUGCGAAGGACACCUGAUUUUCUCCUCCUAAUGAUCAUCCUGUUUUCGGCUUUCAUAGUCCUAGUAAUAUCACCC